AUCGCUGUGAGCACUGAAUGGCUUCCAGAGCUCCACGAUCAGGGAGCAAAAACCUUACAUCCCUCAUAAAAGGUAGGAAACCGUGCGAUCUAUAAGCCGAUUUGGCAGAGGCAGCGGCUGUUGGUGCCAAGAUUUGGUUCCUGACCCGCAGCUUCCUGUUUUUAAAUCUAUUAAUUGAUUUGCAAAGAGCAUCUUUUGGAAACAAGGACUCCGACAGCCUGGCACAGGCUGGAGCUCCGCCAAGACUGCUUGGGAAGCUUGCCAUGCGGGGAGCGAGCGAGCGCGGGAGCGAGCGAGCCGAGGGAAGAAAAAAAGGCAAGACUUGGCACGGCGCAGUCAAAUCAGCUUCUUUUGUCUGCUUCCUCGGUUUGAGCUUCAGGAAAGAAAACCGUCCUGGGGUACAGAGAAACUCAGAACUUUUUUUUUCCCCUGGUUUUCAAACUUAGCUGGCUUUUUAAGUCUCCUGGGUUGUCCGAAAGUGGUGGCACACAGAAUGAUGCUCGGUUGGCAGCGGUGAGAGAAAUAAGGCUUCUUCAAUGAAGCCUCCACAAUGUCAGGUUACACAUGUGAAAUACGAUAUUUGAUUUUUUUUUCCUUUUUUUUUUUUUCUUGUGUGCAUGUCUGAGUAAACUGUAAGGGAGCCAAAGAACUUGGAAGAAUACAGAGGGAAUGCUGAAAUCAAGAGGGAGAAAUUCUGUUUUGUUUUGUUUUUUUUCCCUUUUUGCGGCAACAAAAAAGUUUUUGUUGACACAAAUUUGCUUUAAAACCAAAUCUGACCUCCUCCGGAAUGUGUUCAGAAUGGGAAUUUCAACAUUUCUCUCAUACGUGCUGCAGAUGUUAACUUUGAACCGAACGUCCUUAAAGCUUCCGUCCGACUCAGCGUUGGAGUAAGAGUAGAGACAAAGUUGGGACAUCUUAAUGCGAAAGAACGAAUGCUGCUAUCCUGCCUAUUAGGCCCGGAUGUGGUUGGAUUGUACUCCUCCUGCUCUGACAGUCAGCAUUGUUAUUUCAGAGUAACUGUAAGGCAUAGAUUGUUAUGGAUCGUCAUCACUUAUAAUAAACAUCAUGUCAAUGGGAACAGAAUGGUAGAACCUUUUCCAGAGGGAACUCAGAUGGCUAUAUUUGGUAUGGGCUGUUUCUGGGGAGCUGAGAGGAAGUUUUGGAGACAGAAAGGAGUCUACUCCACCCACGUGGGUUAUGCAGGAGGGUAUACUCCGAAUCCUACCUACAAAGAAGUCUGCUCAGGUAGAACUGGCCACACAGAGGCUGUACGAGUGGUAUAUCAGCCAGAAAACAUCAGCUUUGAGAAACUGCUCAAGGUCUUCUGGGAGAAUCAUGACCCGACACAAGGAAUGCGGCAAGGUAAUGACAUUGGCACUCAGUAUCGCUCAGCCAUCUACACCUUUUCCCAAGAACAGAUGGAAGCUGCUUUGAAAUCUAAGGAAGAAUAUCAAAAGGUAUUGACAGAAAGCGGUUUUGGUGCCAUCACAACAGAAAUCCGGGAGGCUCCGGAGUUUUAUUAUGCUGAAGAUUACCAUCAGCAGUACCUCAGCAAGAACCCCAGUGGAUACUGUGGCCUCGGGGGAACGGGGAUUUCCUGCCCAAUUGGGAUCAAGAAAUAGCCUGUGCUCGUGGCACCCCCAAUGCUUUGUCCUAAGGGGGGGUUUCUGAAAGGGCUGACAACACUGAGAGGUGUUCCAAUACCCACAGCAUCAGUGCAUCAAGAUGUAGGACGCCCAGUAGGAUGGCUUUGUGUGAUCUGAGCAGCUUCCCAUUCAUUGAGAUUAAAAGCCAAAGAGAUUUGGAAAUUUUGCUUGCUGGCCAAUGCAGCUUCUUGCUCUGUGGAGGUCCCUGGUUUCCUUGUACACUUGAAAUAUGGAGAGGAAAGAAACUUUUUAAAGUUUGGCUUGAAAUGCUGUUAAAGGGAUGGAUUAUGGGGUGGCUGCACCCGUUAAGCACUUUGCAUCGCUAAUGUCUAUAGGCAUACUUAUUUUCUUAGACUGAUGAAUUUGUUCAUGCUUUAGCUUUGAUUUCUGGAGACAUGGCUGAGCUCAUCUUAGCUUUCACAACCCUGUAAUUUGAUGUCUUUGAGAAUGAUGAAUUUAGAAGAUCAGUAAUUCUCUCACAAUUCCACUUCCGCUGCAACGUGUAAUAGCACCUAUAGUGCCUAUUUUCUGGAGCAAUUUUAGACAGAAAAAGUAAAAACUGUAACUUGAUACUUCUUUUUGACAGUUCCAAAAAAUGUACAAACACUGAAAGAAAUCAAUUUGGUUUCCUGCACUGCAAUAAAUUACAGAGACAGGAAAGAAAAA